GGACCGAAGUGGGAGGAAUAUAAACGUCAACACCGGCUCGAGUCGCGUGAACAUUUGAGGUCAAGUCUACACCGAGCGUCCGCGAAAGACCAUCACCAGAAACAACCCUUGAAGACCGGCGUUUGAAAAGCAGAUUUUCUGAAUCUGUUAAGCAGAAACCCCUGAAAGAGAUAGAUCUAAAGAACAAUACAUCGAACAUGAACGGGCAAAUGAACGGGUUUCAUAACUCCCUGAUUGAUGAAGACUGCUUUUUGUUCACGUCAGAGUCUGUCGGUGAAGGACAUCCUGAUAAGAUUUGUGACCAGAUCAGUGACGCUGUGUUGGACGCCCACCUCAAACAGGAUCCUGAUGCCAAAGUAGCAUGUGAGACGGUUGCUAAGACUGGAAUGAUCUUGUUGGCCGGUGAGAUCACCUCUCAUGCUUCAGUGGACUAUCAGAAGGUUGUCAGGGAUACCAUCAAGCACAUAGGCUACGAUGACUCUUCCAAAGGGUUUGACUACAAGACCUGCAAUGUGCUGGUGGCUCUUGAGCAGCAGUCACCUGAUAUUGCUCAGGGGGUUCACCUUGACCGCAAUGAGGAAGACGUAGGAGCUGGAGACCAGGGCCUGAUGUUUGGUUAUGCCACAAAUGAGACUGAGGAAUGUAUGCCACUCACCAUUGUUCUGGCCCACAAGCUGAAUGCCAAAAUGGCUGAGCUACGCCGCAACGGCACCCUGCCUUGGCUCCGACCUGACUCCAAGACUCAGGUGACUGUCCAGUACAGGCAGGACCGUGGUGCCAUGCUUCCAGUGCGUGUGCACACCAUUGUAGUGUCCGUGCAGCAUGAUGAAGUGGUGUGUCUGGAUGAGAUGCGUGAUGCUUUGAAGGAGAAGAUUGUGAAAGCUGUGGUGCCCAGUGUCUACCUUGAUGAUGACACCAUCUAUCACCUACAGCCCAGUGGACGCUUUGUCAUCGGAGGCCCACAGGGCGAUGCUGGUUUGACUGGCCGUAAGAUCAUUGUGGACACUUAUGGAGGUUGGGGUGCUCACGGAGGAGGAGCUUUCUCUGGAAAGGAUUACACUAAAGUUGACCGCUCUGCUGCCUAUGCUGCCCGCUGGGUGGCCAAGUCUUUGGUCAAGGCUGGUCUGUGCAAGCGUGUGCUGGUCCAGUUGUCUUAUGCCAUUGGUGUGGCCCACCCUCUGUCCAUCUCCAUCUUCCACUAUGGAACCUCCCAGCGGAGCGAAAAGGAGCUGCUGGAGAUUGUGAAGAAGAACUUUGACCUCCGUCCUGGCGUGAUUGUCAGAGAGCUGGACCUGAAGAAGCCCAUCUACCAGCGCACCGCCGCCUACGGCCACUUUGGCCGUGAGUCCUUCCCGUGGGAAGUGCCCAAAAAGCUUAAGUACUAAAUCUGUAACCCCCCUCCUUUCCUUGGGCAGUAGGUGUGCAUUACAGAGAAACCUACUCAACCCGCGGAGGGGGGAGAUGUACCAAAACACCUCACUCCUAACCUCACACCCAUUCCCAAAGGUAAAUUUAAAUGUCCUUUUCCCUUCAACGGUGCUCUUCCCCAUACAGUUCAAACCUGUUCUUUUGCUGUAUUUGUUUUUGGAUGGUGACACAUGGUUUUUGUUUUACCUUAUUUUAUGAUACCCUCUUCACCCACUUCUCUUCAGCCCUUCCUUCCUUACCUACUUGCUUGAAAGAUCAAGUGAUGGCACAAAUGGGGGUCAAAGGUUGAUUUUGUGAUGCUUUGCAUUGCUGGCUGAAGCACUAACCCCUCAGCUUUUGUUUUACCAACAAGAAUAACCAAUGCUUAAAGGGACAGUGCAGGAUGACCACUUAAAAAAAAAAAAAAAAAAAAAAAAUCUAUACCAUCAAAUCGGAUCAAAAUCUCUCAUGAAAAAGCUGAAUGUUUAAAAACCUGUCUUUAGUUGGAUUUAAAACAAAUGCAUUUGUUACACUGCAGGGAUUGGAUGAGAAUUUAAGAGUUUUACAUUAAAAUGUGUACUGUUAAGGUGGAUAUGUCCUAGUCACUGCAGGCCAUAUUUGUUUUUCUGAUGUGCUACAGAGAAGUCAGAAGCUGCUACCAACCUUUGUGGUUCUGCUAGACUUGUGACAUAACCAUUCCCAAUCCCCCCCUCCAAACUGCUCCAUUCUCAAUGGUGAUUCCAGAUAAAACCUCCUGGUAGCCGAUUGUGACGUUCUACUAGACCAUGGUGGAGGCAAAGCACUCCCCCUCUGUGUGCAGUGACAGCCGGCGUAGCUACAGAGAAGCCCUGCUCCCUCACUGCCACAGAGGGGCUGCCUCCACCUUGAUUUGCUCCAUACUUGAAAAACUGAACCUAGUAUUUGCUUGGCGAUCCUCUUGAGCCUUGGUGUCGGUACAGAAAAGCCGGGGACCUCAAGGUGACUGCCUUCUACUUUUUGUACAUGAAAGAAAUUGCUUUUAAAGACAAUGAGUACUUUUUUUUCAUUUGUUUCAUCACUGUAGUCAUGGUUUAUGUCCCAUGUGCCCCCCCUGUGGCAUCCCUUGGUGUCCUACAGAAAGCUUUGGGCUCUUGCCACAGAGGUGGCGCUGGUAGCUGUGACCAUUGUUACUUUUUACGAGAGUGAAGGCAGAUAGAUGAGACUGACCAUACGCACUUGCACACAACGUUUUAUGUUCAGGACUCCCGAGCAUUCCCACAGACAGAAGCGAGUCUAGCCGGUGUUGUACAGAGAAACCGGCUUCGUUUACAUACUCUCUCUGUCGGGUCCGUGCGGGUUGCAGUCUUUUUUAUAGCUCAUCUUCUGUUUUUAUUUCUUACCAUUUUUGUUUUAAAUUCCAGCGAUUGGUGCAUCAGACUGGUUACUGAAAGAGUAGAAGUGCCUUUUUAUAUUGUUUCUCGUUUUCUUUUCCCUCUUACCUUAACCCCUCUCUUUUCACCUUUUCCUUACCUCUUGUGAUGCGUGUGAAUCCACAGGGAACUCCUGAAUUCCCUUCCUUUCAAUACUCCAUGAUUCUGUCCCUUAUAUCAGUGAACUGAAUAAAAAUUCUGCCCGUA